AUUUGUAGCCUCAUCAUCUCCUCCUUUUACCUAAACACAUCCCCCCCCCCCCCCCUCUUUCUCCAGCGAACCAUCACCAAACAAACCCUAACUGAAAAUCAAAUUCCACUCAUCGAUGCUUUGAUCAGACGAAGAAGAAAUUCUCUUUCCGUCUCAGAUCUGAUUGUUCUGUUUUUUCCCUGCAGAUUGAGUGCAAUUUCAAAGAAGGCAAAUACAUUUGAUGGAUAAUGAUUGUGCAGAUGGAUAAAAUGUCUGCUCCUUCAUCACGGGAGCGAGCCCAACGCCUGUAUGAGAAGAACCUUGAGUUGGAGAAUAAGCGCCGGAGGUCAGCUCAGGCUCGAGUUCCAUCUGAUCCCAAUUCAUGGCAACAGAUGCGUGAGAACUAUGAAGCGAUAAUUCUUGAGGACCAUGGUUUUUCUGAGCAGCACAAUAUAGAAUAUUCUCUGUGGCAAUUGCAUUAUAGGCGCAUAGAGGAACUAAGAUCUCACUAUAGUGCUGUUUUAGCUUCUACUGGCUCAAAUGCACCUCCAGGUCCGAAAGUUCCUGCACGACCUGAUCGAAUCAACAAGAUAAGGCUUCAAUUUAAAACAUUCCUUUCAGAAGCAACUGGAUUUUAUCACGAUCUGAUUCUGAAGAUCAGAGCAAAGUAUGGGCUUCCUCUGGGUUAUUUUUCUGAGGAUUCAGAUAAUCGAGCUGUUACGGAGACUGAUGCUAAGAAAGGUUUGGUCUCUUGUCACCGUUGUUUGAUAUACUUGGGUGACCUGGCUAGGUAUAAAGGACUAUAUGGGGAUGGUGACUCCAAAACUCGUGAGUAUGCAGCAGCUUCAAGUUACUACUUGCAAGCUGCAUCUCUGUGGCCAUCAAGCGGGAACCCCCAUCACCAGCUUGCCAUUUUGGCUUCCUAUUCAGGGGAUGAGUUGGUGGCUGUGUAUCGCUAUUUUAGGAGUCUGGCAGUGGAUAAUCCCUUUGCAACUGCAAGAGAUAACUUGAUUGUUGCUUUUGAGAAGAAUCGUCUGAGCUACUCUCAGCUGCUUGGGGAUGCGAAAGUCUCUGGUGUAAAGGAUUCACCUGUGCGCUUGACUGGCAAAGGUAGAGGGAAGAGAGAAGCAAACCCUGCAUCUAAGGAUAUGAAACUGGAAGCAGGUGCUGUCAAGGAAAAGACAUCUAGUAUUCGUGAGAUUCACAAGUCCUUCUGUGUUCGGUUUGUCCGACUGAAUGGCAUUCUUUUUACACGCACUAGCUUGGAGACAUUUUCGGAAGUUCUGGCACUGGUUAGCAUUGGAUUCUCAGAGCUUGUUUCUUCUGGACCAGAAGAGGAGCUUAAUUUUGGUGCAGAUGCUUCUGAAAAUGGACUUUUCAUUGUUCGCCUCAUCUCCAUUCUUAUAUUUACUGUUCACCAUGUGAAGAAGGAGGCUGAAGGUCAGACAUAUGCAGAAAUCGUGCAGCGUGCUGUUCUGCUUCAGAAUGCCUUUACUGCUGUUUUUGAGUUCAUGGGACACAUAUUAGAUAGGUGUGCACAGCUUCAUGAUCCCUCCUCAAGUUACCUAUUACCUGGCAUUAUGGUUUUUGUAGAAUGGUUGGCUUGUUGUCCUGACAUAGCAUCAGGCAGUGACAUAGAUGAGAAACAGUCAGCUGUAAGAUUGAACUUUUGGAAUCACUGCAUAUCAUUUUUGAACAAGAUUGUUUCAUGUUGCUCAAUGUCUCUUGAUGACAAUGAAGACGAGACAUGCUUCUUUAACAUGAGCCGUUAUGAAGAAGGAGAAACAGAAAACCGGCUUGCUUUGUGGGAAGACUUUGAGUUGAGAGGGUUUUCACCACUUCUUCCUGCACAUACUAUUUUAGACUUUUCAAGGAAGCACUUGUUUGGAAGCGAUGGCAGUAAGGAAAAAAUAGCUCGUGCUAAAAGGAUUCUAGCAGCAGGGAAGGCCUUAGCAAAUAUGGUUAGGGUCGAUCAGCAAACAAUAUAUUUUGAUUCAAAGAUGAAAAAAUUUGUUAUUGGUGCUGAGCCUCAAAUUUCAGAUGAUGGGUUGUUGAUAGCUGCUGAUGUGAUUCAAGAAAUGCAGCCUGAAGAAACAAUGAAUUUGGUAGCUUUGCAGCCUAAUCCACACCCAUACACUGAAGGUGAAGAGGAAGAUGAAGUGAUUGUUUUCAAGCCAGUAGUGACUGAGAAGCGAAAUGAUGUGCUUAGUCCAAAAUGGGCCCCUCAUGAAGGUCUAAAACCUAGUCGAAAUGCAGCAGAUGAUUUGCACUUUUAUGGCAGUUCUGUUUCAGCUCCUCUUGAUAAUCUUCGGCAGCAGGCUGCUUUUGAUGCAGGUUCUCAGAUAUCUGUAUCUCAUGGUACUAUUGUCCCUCAGCCUCUCCAACAUAUCCAGCCACAUACUUCAAAGUGGUUAGUUGAAGAAGCUGCUUCUCUUGCCAAUGGCUUGAAAGGUGUCAGGUUCAUGGAAAAUGGACAUGUCAUGGAACAUGAGAUGCAGAAAGAUUUAGGCAUGGCCUAUCAAGCUGUUCGUCCAGUUUCUGUCCAACAAUCUUUGAAUGUAAAUACUGGUAUGUUUUAUGGUCAGACAAAAGUGGCAGAAACUGCUGUUCCAUCAAAGGUUGAUACUUAUGCUCCUUCUGGAGUUAUUGCUGAAAGUUUGGCUGUGAAGACAUCGGCAGCUUUGCCACCAGGUUUGAGAAAAAGUCCAGUUAGCCGACCUCUAAGGCACCUUGGGCCUCCCCCAGGUUUUAAUUCUGUUCCUCCUAAGCAAGCGAGUGAACCAGUUUCUGGUUCAGUUUUGAUGGCUGAGAAUCCACUACAGGAUGAUUAUAGCUGGUUGGAUGGCUAUCAGCUGCCAUCAUCAGCAAAAGUCUCUGGACUCAAUGGUUCUGCUAAUGUCACUUCUCAUGCAGCACCACAGUAUUCGAGUAACAGCAGUGGCUUGAGUGGGACAGCCAGCUUUCCCUUCCCUGGGAAACAGGUACCGCCAGUGCAAACCCAAGCAGAGAAACAGAAAGGCUGGCAGAACUAUCUGGGUUUUGAGCAUCAACGGGUACAGCAAGAACACCAGCUGCAGCAACAACUCAUUAAUGGAAACCAGCAGUUUUCUCCAAUUCCUGAGCAAUAUCAUGGACAGUCCAUCUGGGGUGGUCGUUAUAUUGUGUGAAUCAGCAUGGAAGCAUAGAUGGUAAGAUUGUGGCUUAUACACCGCAUCUCACCCAUCAUUGGUGUGUAAGCUCUCUUAUUGAAUGUUGUCCUGAUCUCACAAAAUUCCUUUUAUCUUGAGGUUUUGAGAAUGAUUUCGGCGAAUGUACUGCAUCCUUUUGCUACCAAAUACAAACUCCAACUUAGCAGCCUUGUCAACUUUAAAAUUUAACUUUUUGUUGGAGAGAGCCUCCUUUGCGGGCACUUGCUAUUGAACAGAUUUCACGGAGCUCUCCUGCAUGGAGAAGACAAGUAUUGCAACAUCCUGAUGAUGUGAAAUUUGUAAGAAGUAAAUGCCUGGUCUGGUUACUUGGGUUGGAGAUAGAACAUGUUAAUAAGAGCAACUGUUGGUUUUGGGCUUAUAUUCGGAGGAGUUGGUGGAAUAAAGAUAUGGUGUACUCACCAUCCUACUAAACUUUCGUUCUGCUCUCCGUUUUCUGGAUUGCUGGUAUAGUCUCAGUCUACAGUGAUAUGUUAUAGCUUGCUCAACCAGUUCUGUGCCAGAUAACUUCAGAGCUCUAGUUGGGAGAGUGCCAGGGAAUGAUAUCAGCGUCAGAAGCUGGAGAGUAGCAUGUUGAUAUUAUCAGAAGUUCUUUAUAUGGAUGAUUGGAAGUCUCAUGUGCAUGGUCUUAAGAGUCCAUAGAUGGAAAGACUUUUUUUUUUUUUUAAUUGUAUGAUGUUAUUUACGGGUUACAAGUGACCUGGUUCAGACCCUAAUUUCCAGGAAUAAGUCAUUGAACGGUGUCCUUUCUAUGUCAAAGACACUAUUAUGUUUGGAGUAAUGCUUUUUAUUUUUUAUGUUA